CGAAAUGACUACUACCACUUUAAGAAAGUUCAAAGUUCGUGUUGCACGUGGUUAAGUCAACAUGGCGGUGCCCUGCACAGUUUAGUGAGUGGGAAUUAAAAGUGAGUAUACAAAGCCAGCAGUGAUGGCGGAGGUAAGCAGCAGCCCAGCUCUUCCUGACACAACAUCCUCAAAGGAGGAGAAGCCUGAAGACCCCCCUCAAGACUCCACAAGUGAUGCUGUUAAGUCGGAUGUUCCUGCUGAAGCAGAGAGCGAGGCAGCCUCUGAUCCCAGCCUGUACCGCUACAUCAAGGAGGACCUCUUCACAUCAGAGAUCUACAAAGUGGAGAUCAGGAAUCUACCAAAGUUCACUGGCUUCAACGACCUGAAGAAGUUCCUGGCCAAACACGGCCUCAACCCUCACAAAAUCAAGCUGUUUGGGAAGCAGACCUUUGCCUUUGUCACCUUCAAGAACGAGGAGGAGCGUGACAAGGCCAUGAAGUUGGUGCACGGCGUGCAGUGGAAGGGCCAGGUGCUGACCGUCAAGCUGGCAAAACCCAAAGCGGACCCCAUCCUGAGGAAGAGGAAGCAGGAGGAGGGAGAGGGCGCGGGAGGGCAGCCGCCAUCCAAGCGAACAGAGGGGGAUGAGGAGGAGGAUCCGCUCAGCGUCCAGAUAGCCAACGUGGUCACUCCUCUGUGGAAUGUGCCUUAUGAGGAGCAGCUGAGGAGGAAGGAGCAGGAGGUGGUGGCGGUUCUGCAGAGGCUGGCAAAAGAGAUUGGCAGUGUCAACAAAGCCAUGCUGCCAUGGUUGUUUGCACAGAAAGGGAAAUUCAACAAAAUGUGUUGUCCUCUGGAAGAUAUCCGGCCCUCUCCUACACAGACAGAGUACAGAAACAAGUGUGAGUUCCUCAUCUCUGUGGGCGCGGAUGGCGAGGAUAAAACCAUUGGUUUCCGCCUGGGUAAAUAUAAAGGAGGCUCCUGUGCUGUGGUGGGGCCGGCGGAGACGAGCCACGUCUCGGCCGAGGCCAAGAGGGUGGUCAGCGAGUUUCAGAAGUUCAUCAGGACAACAUCAUACUCCGUGUACAGUCCUGAGACAUAUGAGGGACACUGGAAGCAGCUGACUGUACGUACCACGAGGACCAAACAAGCCAUGGCUGUGGUGUUCUUCAACCCACAGAAACUUGAAGAGGAGGAGCUCGGUGCCCUAAAGAGCUCCAUGAGGAAAUACUUCACAGAAGGAGAGGGGAAAGACAGCGGCGUUACCUCUCUGUACUUUGUCAGAGAGGGUCAAAGGACGUCUCCCAGUCCCGAGGACUUGCCCUGUGAGCUGGUGGCAGGAGAGAACUGCAUUCAAGAGGAGCUGCUGGGUCUACAAUUCCGGAUAUCUCCUCAUUCCUUCUUCCAGGUGAAUACUGGAGCAGCAGAGGUGCUGUACUCUGCAGUGGGAGAAUGGGCUCAGCUGGAUCAGGACAGCACAGUACUGGAUGUGUGCUGUGGCACAGGAACCAUCGGGAUCUCUCUGGCUAAGAGGGUCAAAAAGGUGAUUGGCAUCGAGAUGUGCCAGGAAGCAGUGGAGGACGCCAAAGUUAAUGCAAAACUCAACGGUCUAAGUAAUGUUGAGUUUCACUGUGGAAAAGCUGAGGACGUGUUCCCAAACAUCCUCAAUGCGCUCGUGUCACCCAACAUCACCGCCAUCGUGGACCCGCCGAGGGCAGGCCUGCACUCCAAGGUGAUACUCGCCAUCAGGAGAGCAGAGCACCUGAAGAGGCUGGUCUACGUGGCGUGUAAUGCCAAAGCAGCCAUGAACAACUUCAUUGAUUUGUGCAGAGCUCCAUCCAACAGAGUUCGUGGAGCCCCUUUUCGUCCGGUGCGAGCCAUGGCCGUGGAUCUGUUCCCUCAGACUAUGCAUGUUGAGAUGCUUCUACUGUUAGAGCGAGUGGACUACGAUUCCCAGCAGCAGGAGACCAGCAAGCAAGAAGAAACAGGCUCUUAAUCUUUAAAAAAAAAAAAAAAUAGGCAGAAUGGACUCAUUUAUAAAUGUAUGCACUCAUUUUUGGCAGAGUACAGUCCCCAUAUUUGUCAUUAAAGUAUUUGCAAGACUUAAUGUUUAAAGUAUCUGUUACUAAAAUCUUUAUUCGAGUAUGGACAGGUAUGCCUGAGCUGCAUGUAUUGUCCCUUUACAAGUUAUUCUGUUUUAAAAAACCUUUGUUUGGAUCAAAAUGCGGUUAUUCUGUGAGCCAUGUUUGAAAACCAUAAGCCUAUUAGACUCAUUUGUCUCAUACAGUACUCCACAUGCUGUUGUAGAAUAAAAACCUUUAUCAAACUGCCA